CCCUCUUCCUCUGGUUUCUCUCUCGACAUGCAGCGGCGAUUUCGGCAAGUUUUCAGUGCUCUAAGAGAGCACAGCUCCGUGAGCUAUGCCAAGAUUGCCACAGUUGGAGGGUUUUGCAAUGUCGAACUCAUCAUUAUAAAAGCAACGGCUCCUGAUGACUUGCCGUUGCCUGAAAGGUACGUUCAGGAGCUCUUGAAAAUAUUCUCCAUCUCCCCAUCUUCGUUGAGAGAUUUUUCACUCAGCUUCAAUCGCCGCUUUGUCAAGACUCGCUGCUGGCGGGUUGCGCUUAAGUGUCUAAUUCUCCUCCACCGCCUACUCCGUUCGGUGCCUGAAGACAGCAACUUCCGUUCUGAGCUCCUUUGGACGCGAUCCAACGGUUUGAUGUCUCUCAAUCAGUGUCCCUUCCGCGAUGAUUCUUCCUCAGCUUCAAAAGAUUACACAGCCUUUAUUAGAUCAUACGCUCGCCUCCUCGAAGAAGCACGUCAUUGCUUUUGGUUGGAUAGCAAGCCAGCGUAUGACCAGCAAGAUCAACAACAAUAUGAAGAAUAUCAAUAUCGCGAACAAGACGAAGAGUACAAAGAAGAAGGAGAAGAAGAAGAGCCGCAACUCGAGAGCUUAUCGAAUAGAAUGAUGGAAGUAGGCCGAAUGCUUGAAUUGUUGCCGCACCUGCAAACCCUCAUUGACCUUGUCAUGGACUGCCGUCCCACAGGACCAGCAUCCAAAGCCUUUCUCGUCCAACUCGCUAUGAAACACAUCAUGAGAGAAAGCUUCAUGUACUACACAAUCUUCCGCCGUGAAAUCGUCACAGUUCUGGACAGUUUGUUUCAAAUGCCAUACAGUAGUUGCAUCUCGGCUUUCAGCAUUUACAAAAAGGCAGCCGUCCAAGCAAACCAACUCUCUGAAUUCUACGAGUGGUGUAAAGCCAUGGGAUUCUACGGAGGGUACGAGUAUCCCUUUAUUGAUCAAAUCCCACACAUACAAAUUCAUGCUCUCGAGAAAUUCCUCAAUGGUAUGUGGCAGUUGACGGAGUCCUCAUCGACACCAACUUCGCCAACUUCUUCGGCAUCAGUGCUGUCAUCUUUUGUGGAGUUUUCAAGUUCCACCACUUUGACAGAGGACGAUAUUGGUGACAGAGUUUUUCUGUCACAAAAGGAUCAUAUCCUUGUUAGUACAAAAUGGGAGAAGCCGUUGAUUCGGUUCGAGAGAGAAAGUUACGACAAGGAGAAGCUGUUAAUUCAGUUGGACGAGGAGAAGCCGUUGAUUCAGUUCGAAAUAGAAGAUUUCGACAAGGAGAAGCCGUUAAUUCAGUUUGACGAGGAAAAGCCGUUGAUUGAUUUCGAAGAUGAUAUCGACAACGAGAGCUGGGAGAGCCUGCUUGAAGCUUCCAUUAACAAGUCUCCAGCUGCUCAAACUCAACAAAACAUUUCAUGGCAGAUGCAAAUAUACAACCCCAAUGCUCUAAAUCCAUUCCGUCAGCCAGUCAUCAGGCCAAAUUACCAUGGGGACUAUAUAUAA